AUGGCAGGCCUCGAGAACGAGAAACAGGCCGUACCGGUGGAACCCCAGCAGCCCUUGAAGGAGAAGCUUGAGGGCAGCACAGUCGCCCCUCAUCCGCCGGCUGUAGACAAUGUCGUGACGCGAGAUGGAUUUCGACUUCAUCCCCAGCCGACGACCGACCCGCUGGAUCCUCUGAAUUGGUCCAGCUUUCAGAAGCAUACGAUCCUCGCGAUUGUCAUGUUCAAGUAUUUCUUGUUCACGUACAUCACGACAACAACUGUGCCGAGUUUCCCAGACCUACAGGAGCAGUUUGCCAUCAGCUACUCGCAAGUCAACUGGACCGUGGCCAUUCCGGCAUUGGGUCUCGCCGUUGGGCCUCUAAUAUGGAGCUCUCUCGCGGACAUCGUCGGUCGCAGAGUCAUCUUCAUUGUCGGUACUGUUAUGGCGUUCGGCGCCACCAUUGGGGCCGCCAAAUCGUCCAACUACGGCGGCUAUAUGGCGGCGCGGUUCUUCCAGGGGCUCGGUGUGGCGCCGGCCUCGACCGUCGGCCUGGCUGCCAUCAACGACAUGUUUUACGAGCACCAGCGUGGUCAGAAGAUCGGGCUCUGGGUGUUAGCCAUCGACAGCGGCCUGCUCGUCGGCCCGAUCUUCGGCGGCUUCCUGAACAUCGUCUCCGCGGAAUGGAUACAGUGGUUCACCGCAAUUUUGUUCGCCGUUCUCCUCGUCCUCGAAUUGGCCUUCAUGCCCGAAACACUGUAUCCGCGGAACCAUAUGCUCUCGAAGCUCCCGAUGGCGACCGCGGCGGACGAGACGGCCGUGGAUAUCGAGAAAGUGGGCCGUCGUCGAAGCGACGCCGGCGAGGUCCACCUGUCUCGCACCAAAAAGCUCUUCUUCAUCAACUACAAGCCCGUGCCCGGGAUGCGACACCCAGCAGUAUACGACGCAGUCCUCCGCUUCAUUCUGACAUGGAAGUUCCUCGCCGUCUCCAUCGCCGUCUUCACCUACUGCUUCCUGUGGUACUGGUGGGUGCUCAGCGUCAUUACCAUGCUACCCGCCGCCUACCUGGACUACACGCCACAAAUCCAGGGCCUUCUCUUCCUGGGCCUCCUCUUAGGCACCCUGUUCGCCGAAGUCUUCCUAGGAGGGCAUCUCAGUGACAUCGUGUGCACGCGUCUCGCCCGACGGAAUGGCGGCGUGCGCUUGCCCGAGAUGCGUCUCUGGCUAAUCUACCCGGCGGGCUUGUUGAGCGCCAUCGGCCUCAUCAUCUGGGGCAUCAGCGUCGACAAGGCAUACCAUUGGAUGGUCGGCCAGGUGGCGUUCUUCCUGUUCGCCGCGGGGAUUCAAAUGGGCAAUACAGUCGUCUGUGCUUACAUUGUGGAUUGCUACCCGCUGCAAAGUAUGAGCAUCAUCACGUUUUAUGCCGUGCUGUUGAAUCUGUCGGCGUUUAUUGAUCCGUUCUUCAUUGCCCCCUGGCAAGUGGCCUCCGGCUGGACAUGGUGCUUCGCGGCCCAGGGAAUCAUUGUCUUCUUCGGCGCUUUGCCAAUCUUUGGCCUCCUGCACAAAUAUGGCCCGAUCUUGAGAUCCAAGACCGGGACGCCAGGCUGGGUGAACCCGGAGUUUGACGUCCUGUUAUAG